AUGUUGAAAUUAUCAUAUUUUCUUCCUUUUUUAGCAUAUUUCUUGACGCAAUGCUUUUUUGUUCAACCUUUACUCAAUGCCCAAAUCAUAACAACAAAAACGUACAUGUUCUGGCCAAAUGCGACCGUACCGUUCUAUAUAAUGCCUCAACAUUUUGAUUUAGAACAAAAAUUGGUGAUAAUGAAUGCACUGUCGACAUUUGCUUUUCAAACUUGUGUGAAGUUCUUUCCCGUAUUGACGAUGCCUAAAGAAGAACAACAUGUGUUGACGUUCGCUAACCCCGAUGGGACCCGAAGAUGUAUCUUACAGUCGAGCGAACAUAGCAACUUCUUGUCUCAUCGUGUGAUAGUAGGGUACGAGUGUCUAAAGUCCCCAGAGAUUGAGAUGAUCAUCAUGAGAGCGUUGGGCCUCCCCUUCGAACAUACCCGGAUGAGUAGAGACGUCUACAUCGACGUGCUGCUUGAAAAUGUCGAACCACAUGCCGUGCAGCUGUUCGCAAGAGACAAUGUACUACCACCAGUGAUGCGAGCAUUACCGUAUGACAUCAAUAGUGUCAUGCACUUCGGGGAAAGAGAUUACAGCAAGAAUGGACAUCGGACCAUCAUAUUUAAGAAUCACAACAUACACCAAAACCGCGUCGGUCUAACAGCUAACGAUUUACGUAAAAUAGAACUCGUUUACGGUCCAGAAUGCCGCAAUAGAGAUCGUCAAGAAAAAUUCGAACUCUGCCAAUCAUACCCAGGCGUUGUAAGACGGAAGAGAGACAUUGAAGCUACUGAACCUCCAGCGAAUAAGAGCUUGAGAGUAAAUAGGAAUAUCACACCACCUCCUGCCAUAGUCCAGUUAGCCGAAGCCACACCACUCAAUGAAACCCAAGCAGACAAUACUACACAUGCAGAAACUGAUGGAGCUGAUUACAUUUCAAAAAGUCUCAACUCUUUAGGCAUUGCUAAUGAAACUGAGGACAUUAUAGAAAAAGUCUACAAAGUAUCUGCACUAGCUUUGAAGAACGCUAGAGAUAAAUACUGUAAUACGACUGGAAAUAAUUCUGAUAUAGUUACACCAGUUGCUAGUACUGAAAGAAAGAAGAAAUUUAAUACGACAGAUAUCUUAGGAGUACUUGAAGUUAUAGCUGAUUAUGCCAAAUCUAUGGUCGAUCAUGCAAUACAGAAUCUAACGACCUUUUGUGAGAGUUCUAAAUCAAUUGAAGAAUACCAAAGGCAGUGCUCGUUCGGUGAUAAAUCCAGGUGCCCCAAAAGUUAUCGGUCUACCAAAUCAGGUGCUGUUAAAUAUAGUACGCAACACAGACCGAUUUAUAAACAGCAGACUAGACAUGACGGCAGUCCUGUUAAAGGAUCCUAUAAUAAAUUCAGAAGGAUUGAUGAUACUGAAACUACAACUCCUUCUGUAAAACCAAGACGGAAGAGAGAAGUGUCUACUACUCCCGCAGAAGUCGCUAAAGACCAAAAAGUUAAAGAAAUUAAAUUAAAAGAUAAAGUGAAAAUAAAGGAUACUGCUUCAACAAAAUCGGAAAAGAAAAGCAGUGUAGCAAAGACUAAGAAAGAAGAUAAAAAAGAGGUUAAGAAAGUGAAUGCUGAUAAAAAUAAAGAGGAUGAGAAAAAACCAAGGAGAUUUUUCGAAGAAAGUCGGUUUCAAGGAAAAAGUCCAGUAGAGGGUUUAGGUGAAGAGUGGGAAGAUUCGAAUGUAUCUCUGGAUCUGGACAAAGCCGGCGGUACAAUUGUCAGACUGAAUGCUCAGAGAGAACCAGCGGGCAUUGAUAACGCAGAAAAAGAAACGGAAUCGGAAGCCGACAAAGUUAUAGACAAAGAAGAUUUAGUAAAAGAAGUAUUAAACGAAGGACUAGACUCCAUCUUGGGUGGCAAUAACGAUGAAAAGGACAACAAUCAACCAACAGCCUUAGAAGAUAAUGAAGGAGAUGAAGAAGAUGAGGUGGAUGGAGAUGAUGCUGGAGAAAAAGAUAAUGAAGGGACAAUAGAAGAGGAUGAAUCGCAGAAGGAAAAAUCUGACAAGGAAGAAAUUUUGGAUGUUGAAAAGAGUGAGGAGAAGUUGGUAGAAGAAGUUAAAGAAGAGAUCACGGAUGAAAAGCCGAAGAUAGAGAAAGAUAUAACCGAUGUUGCGGCGAUGUCUGUUCAUAAUGAUAUUCAUGAUAAAUACAAGACAAAAAAUAAAGAAAAGAAAGUCGUGAAAGAGAAAGCACGAUCAAGAAAACGAAAAAGGUCACAUGGUGACUUGCCAGAAACUGUGAAACUGAAUAAAUUGAACAAGGAAUUUUAUAAUGAAAGGAGAUGGCCUGAUGGUGUUGUGAGAUACGUAAUCAAGAAAUUACCUGGUUAUGAUUUAGAAGAUCUUCGCAAUAGACUGGCUGAAGUUAACAACAUAUUAGUUAGAAAAACAUGUGUCAAGUUGGUCGAAGUGGACGCCAAGGAGGCUAGAGGAUAUGACGACUAUUUGGUGCUGGAUAAUAGUCCUGAUUAUGUGACUGGCAGAGUUGGAGGGAAACAGAUCUUCGGUUGCGUGGAGCUGUUCAAGGGUGACCAGCACGUACAGCAUACAGCGAUGAUGGUAAUGGCGAUGCUCGGAUUCUACUUCGAGGUCUCCAGGCAUGACCGGGACCGUCAUAUACGAGUGCACAUGCGUCAUGUUAGACCUGACAAACUUCACCAUUUUGAAAAGAUACGCGACGAAGCGACUUUAGACAUGCCGUAUGACUAUCAAAGCGCCACGCAUCCUGCUUGGCAAUUUUGGCGGAAGAUCGGCAAGACUGGCAUAUCCACAGUCGCCACUUACAAAGAUCAUGAUCCAGACGGCUCCAUAAUGAGAUCCCUCGGUCAAAAUAACGAACUUCUAUCACAAGGUGACAUCAUAAAAAUAAAUAGUGUCUAUGGCGUCCACUGUUUCCAAUCCAACAAGAAUCGAGCAUCAGAACGUAUGAAGAAAUCUAAACACAAAUCGAAAAGAUCUAAAAAUAAUAAAGAUGAAAAACCAUAA